AUGCGUGAAGAUUCUUCCAAUCAUGCCUUAUCAUCCCAUGAUAUAACAAUACCUUCGUCGGCAAUGCAUGAAAGUGGUUAUGAUAGUUUAUUACCAAUUGGUUCAGCUCCUAAACGAUCUUUAUCGAAUGCAUCACUUUCAACAACACGUUCAUUAAUAAUUAAGAAAAAACACCGAUGUGAUGAAGAGAAUGAUGAUCCUAUGAAUGGUAACAAUAAUAACAAUAAUACAGAAUUUAUUGAUGAUGAAGAUGAUGAUCAUUAUGAUAAGAAAGCUGGUGAAGCACUUUUACGUAAUCUUAUAGCUCAAGUACUUCCAUCAUUUAAUCCUCGAUAUUUAAAUGGUGGUGGUGACGAUGAUGAUAAUGAAGAAGAACAAGAAGAAGAAGAAGAAGUUUUAAGUAAUCCUCGUCGACCAUCACCAAUAAGUCAAACAUGUAGUAGUAGUAAUGCAUCAUCAGUACGUUCACUUGAUAUUGAAAUUGAAAUGAAUAAAAAAAGUGAAAAAAAUCUUUGUAUUCGUUCAAAUAAAAAUCAUAUUUCAGAUAUAAUUCAACAAGAAAAAAUUCAUUCCAAACGUACAUAUAUUCACAGACCCGUAAGUCAAACAAAAUCAUCUGAAUUACGUCGUCUUCAAACACAUUCACGUCGAUAA